AUGGGUUCGUGCGCCUCGGGCGGGCCCCGGGCCCGGGCCGGGCUCCUGCUGCUGCUGCUGCUGCUCGGGCUGCUGGCCCCGGGCGCGCGGGGGGCGCGGGGCCGCGGCGGCGCCGAGAAGAACAGCUACCGCCGCACGGUCAACACCUUCUCGCAGAGCGUCAGCAGCCUGUUUGGCGAGGACAACGUGCGCGCGGCUCAGAAGUUUUUGACCCGGCUGACUGAGAGGUUCGUGCUGGGAGUGGACAUGUUCGUGGAGACCUUGUGGAAAGUCUGGAUGGAGCUCCUGGAUGUCCUUGGACUUGAUGUCUCCAGCCUCUCCCAGUACUUCAGCCCAGCCUCUGUGGCCAACAGCCCUGCGCGAGCCCUGCUGCUGGUGGGCGUCGUCCUCCUGGCCUACUGGUUCUUGUCCCUGACCCUGGGCUUCACCUUCAGCAUCCUGCACCUGGUGUUCGGCCGCUUCUUCUGGGUAGUGCGGGUCCUCCUGUUCUCCAUGUCCUGCGUGUACAUCCUGCACAAGUACGAGGGUGAGCCAGAGAGCGCCGUGCUGCCCCUCUGCCUCGUGGUGGCCGUGUACUUCAUGACCGGGCCCAUGGGCUUCUACUGGCGCAGCAGCCCGGGCCCCAGUGUGGAGGAGAAGCUCGAGCACCUGGAGAACCAGGUCAGACUGCUCAACAUCCGCCUCAACAGGGUGCUGGAGAGCCUGGACCGCUCCAAGGACAAGUGAAGGUCAGCCGGCCGGCUGGGUCCACCGGCCAGAAGACAGAAGAGGAGGAGAAGAGCAGCCGCAGCAGCCCCCAAGCAGUCUCAAUAAACACCGUGCGCGCAGGAGCCGCUUGGUGAGGUGUCUCUAACCGCGUGUCAACCUAGGACCCGGUCCAAGAAGGAUGCGAGACCAUUCACAUAGACUACACGCCAUGUGUCGUUAGUAGAGAAAAUAUUUUUUAAACAAAGGAUAUAACCCUAUUAGUUGUACAGUAAGAGAAAUUUAUCUGUGCAUAGAACAUAAAGUUAAUUUUUUCAAGCAUUUAAAUACAUCUUUUGUAAGGUUUUUAAACAAGGGCAGAUUGAGUCAAGUUUAUGAGAACUUCACACUGAAGGGGAGAAUAUGUUAAUUUGAUCUUUUUAGAGGAGUUUAAAUGCCAGUGUUUGUUUCUACAACAUUCUGGUGGUGGGUGAGGUCUGUGCUUUCUCUUUGUGGUGCAGGGCUGUGAGCUUUAUUGUGUGUCCUGGUGGCUGAUGUGGACUUGGUGGGUGGGUGUUGUCACUUCUAAGCGGGGCCAGUUGAGCUUGAGGCUGGAGCUCAACUUCUUGGAUCCUGGGAACCCCGCCAGUCCUGUCUGUCGUAUUUUCUAAAUGAAGAAACCAUCAUUCGUGGGAGCCCCAGGUCUUCCUGCCCCUGUGUCGUAAUGCAUUUAACCUCAGCAUUUCUGGAAGGAGAAUGCACGGACAGAGCCAAGAAGCUCAGGGAUUUGGGACUUGGCGCCAAACCGCCUGGUGGAGCCUUGCAGGCCGAGCAGGGGCCUGGAGCCACCUGCCUUUGCCACUUGGGGGUGAGGCCUGUGUGGGAGAGCUGUCCCCGAGGGUGUCUAUCCCCUGGCCCAUCUUGCCCAGGUGACUUGGGAUCUUGGGGGACAAGUGAAGGCCAUGGCUGGUACCACUGCACUGUCUUCCAGUCCUGCCACUGCUGCUUCUCCACGUUCUCAGGAUAAACAGGCCCUGGAGGGGAUCAGAAUUGUUUUUCUGGAUAUCUUUACAACCCACACGUUGGUUGCUUUCUGUGCAGGAUCCUUUGGGUGGGCUCUGGGGUAGCGGGGAACACUGCAGGUGGACGGCUGGGGCAUCCCAGGCGAGGUGCGGGAUGGGGGCUGGUGGACUCGCCCUUUGCUGGACCCUGUCGGGCAAGGCGAUGAGCCCUGGCGGGAUGAGGCUCUGGAGCAGGUGGGAUUGCAGCUGCACAUUGUGUCCCUCCCUGGGCCCACGCAGCCUUGUGUGGCGGUGCCUCUGCUCUGAGCACAAGGCCCCAGGUGCCAUCCAGAAUGUACUGUGUAUGCCCGACUCUUGGAGCUGUGCCUCUUGGAGCUGUGCGUCAGCGACCCUCCCUUUUCCUUUUCAAGUACCGGGAGGCAGAGGCAGAUGCUUCAGAGGGUGAGUCUGAAGGUCUUUCCCCAAGGUGUCUCCAACUCAGACUCCAGCUUUGGGUUCGCUUCCUGGGACCCACCCCUGUUCUGGGGCUGGCUUGGGAGAAUCUGUAUUGAUUGGCAUCCAGUUUUGUCGUUUAGCUGUCCCCUUAUACAUGCAGCCUGAGGCCCUCGUAAGCCUGUUUCCUUGCGUAGGUCUGGCUAUGCCAGGUUGUGGUACCCAAAGAUGGCUUUGCACACCUUGGUCGGUUCUGUGCACAGCACUGGUGAGUCCUGCCCUUCAGGGGCUCCUCUGCCUGAGGUCAUCAUGCCUGAGCUGUCCCUGGUCCAGGUGUGACAUCCACCCCAACCUUUGCCCACAUUCCUCCCACUCUGGAGCCAUCAUCUUUUUAACUCCUGGGCAGUCGGAAGGCGUGUGCCUCUGGGUGCUGGCGGGGUGAGGCCAAAAGUCACUGUGGAAAGCACACAGUGUUUUCUUCAGUUUCGCCACGUAUCAGCUCUGAAGCCACAUUUAUAGUUUGAUAUACUCAAGUAAAAGAUGUCUUCGUUUUUAAUGAAGAAACUAUCAUUAACCAGUAUCAUUUCAGGGUAGAACAUUAUUUGAAAUUCUGAUAGAAACCCUGAGAUGGUAGGUUUAAGGUUUGUCUUGGG